AUGCAUAGCGGUAGUGAGGGAUUUUCAUAUUCCUUCUCUUAUGUUAUAAUUGAACAUUUAACUGUUUUGGGGGCUUGUGGUUUCAAAGAAGAAAACAGCACAGAAAAUUUUUCACUGUUAUGGUUUCAAGAAAACCAACACUUCGUCCUAGGACCCAUCCUUAUAAGGUAUACUUGGAACACAUUGCUAGUAGAAGAUGAAGGGACUACACUUAAACGUCAGACUAGACCACUGAGUCCAGAUUUCUUAUGUGAAUGCACUGAGGAUAUUACCCCAAGAUCAAGUGAAGAUCUGUUUGAUAGUCAAGAUACAAUCACGGGCAUGGCUCGAGUGAUCAAAUCCAAUUCUACAGGAAUUGCAACCAGUUUGUUUUGCCGCCAAUUUUAUGCCAAUAUAAUAGCCCGUGAUCGUGAAAUGAAAAAUAUAUUCCCAUCUAUAGAGCAUCAAUCUCUAGAUUUAGCUUCAGUGUUGACCAUUGUGGUUUUGCAAUUAGAUGAUUUGUCCAGUUUAGAGGAUUAUUUAAUGAAAUUAGGUAAAAGACAUACCCGAAUUUUAAACAUUGAACCAGUUCAUUAUGAAAUAUUAGGAGAGGUUCUAAUUCAAACUUUUCAUGAAAGAUUUGGAAAUAAGUUCAAUCAAGAAUUGGAAAUUGUUUGGAUUAAGUUGUAUCUUUUCUUGGCCAAUUCCCUUUUACAAUAUGGAAUUGAUCCUGUGCUCAACGUUGAAAAAGAGGCUGUUGACCUUAAGCGUGUUCCCACGCAUAUGAGCACCUCGUCCGUGAGAACCGAGAAAACUUUGGUAGGAAGUCCCAAGAAAGGAUUGUAUCAAGAUGAAAAAGCUGAAAAUUCAGAUAUCGAUAGUGUUACAAAUGAGGUUCAUAUGAUUGCCUAUAUUUGUGCGAACAAAGCUAGUUUCUGUAAGCUAGCCUUCCGGUAUGACAAUUUAACAAACAGAAAUAUUACAAUGUUUACUGCUGGCAUUGUAUUGGCUACAGAGAGCUAUCUUGUCAUCACGUAAUAGAAUUACAAAUACCCAAGUAAAUUUUUUUUAAAAAGUACAAUUAUUUUCUUGUUUGACAUAAUUAAACUUCUCCUGGAGUUAGUUUAAGCUGUUAGACAUGACAUCCCCUUCUAUUGACUUUUAGAGAGGCAAGUACAAGUAUAAUAUUCACUAUUGCGGAGAUUUGUGCCAAGGAAGCCGUAAUUCUGC